UCAUGACCACCAAGCUUCGCCUUCAAUCUGCUGCCGGACUCCUCUGUCACUCCCCCCGCCCGGGUCCAUCCUUCAUGAAGGGAACCAGCCAGCCGCCGCCAGCCGCUGCUUAAACGUGGAGGGAAGGACACGGAGAGGCACGCUCGCAGCUGACUGCGCGGCUCCAUUGUUAGUCCAGUGAAAAAUACGCCUCUGUCGACAUAUUUAGUGCAUUUGACCUCGGCGCUGGACCGAAAGGGAGGGACUGUUUGUUUCUCCAGGGGUCUCCGAGAACAGAGUCGGCGGUUGAAAGGAUAUUAAAGUGUGAGAGUAACUGGCCACGACAAGUGUGAGCCCCUGGACCUUGUCAGCAACAGCAGCGACAUCAGCAGACCGCACCUUUUUUUUAGGAGGAGGGAAUGAAACCGGAUGGGGUUACCAUGGAAACCACGGAGCCCACUGAAGCUGCAGCAGUAGCGGAGCCCUCCUCAUCGCAGGACAACAUAUCAGAGCAAGCCCCAUCACAACCAGAGGAAGCUGCAAAUGAUGCAGCACCCGGGGCUGCUCCGAAGACCAAUGACAAGCCGGUGGCAGCAGACCCCAAAGGCAAACCAAAAGGUUUUGCAACUAAAACACAGCCCACCGCCAAAUUUGCUGGGGCCUCGGGAUCCAACUCACGGCCAGGUACUGCCUCUCACCGCACGGUGAAUAAUGUCAAAUCCUCUAACAAUGUUUUUGCAGCUGCAGUCAAGAAAACGACGACAACUGCAGCAAAAGUAUCAACAGCGGGGGCUGUACCUAAAAGACCAAUGGGUGUAGCAGCAGUUUCCUCCAUGGUCAAGAACCAAACUAGAGUGCCUGACAAGAAGCCUGUUGGACUGGCCAGGAACACCUCUGUUGCUGCUGCCACAGUAACAAAUGGUACCAAACCAACAACAGUGAAUGGCAUUGCUAAGAAGAGACCAGUGGCUGAGACUGUUAGACCCAAAACCACAGCAACUGCCAGCAGACCAGCGGGGUCCACUGCCCCAAAACCCAGCACUUCGACCACAACAAAAGCUGGUGGUGCUGCUGUUUCAAAGACCACCAGGGCUGCUACAGGUCCCUCAACAUCUCGACCUGCAUCCACCACAUCCAGGACCACCACAGCUACAACCAAGCCCUCCACCACCGCAACUGCCAAAAUCGCAGCUUCUAGAGUUACCACAGCAUCCUCUACUGGCAGGACCACAGCAGCACAGCCUCCCAAAACUGUUGCUGCUAAGAAAGAUGUCAGUCGUCCACCUUCUGCUGCAGUGGCUAAGAAACCUACAACAGCUACAACAUCUGCUGCCACCAAAAAACCUGAACCCUCCAAACCCUCAGCCACCGUAAAGCUCAACUCUGCCUCCAAAUGGUCCACAACAGCGAAGGCAGCAGACCUCAAGGUGUCACAGGCCAAAACUCAACAGCCUGCAAAAUCUACACCCACAAAGAAACCUGUAGCUGCUGUUCGGUUCCCUGCCCUUAACAAACCGCCCCUUGGUCGAACCCCACCUGCCUCUCCAGCCAACAAACCUGCAAACAGCAGCACCUCUCAGACAAAACGUGGAACCAAACCCACUCAGGCUGUCUCACCUUUCACUGCUGCCAAGAAGACAGGGGUUACAAAUACUACCACACCUGCUGGUGCAGCGGUAGCAGCUGCCACAGCAGCGACUGUGCUAGCAGAAACACAAACGGAAGCUACAGUGUCCUUACCACAAGGAUCAUCCCUUGCUGCCUCUGCACCAGAGGUCGUCCCUCCCCCAGUCUUGGCCGAGGAUACCACACCAGAGGUGGUACCGCAAAAGACUGCUCAAAACCAUGCAGCUGCUUCCUCUCCUUCACAAAGCCCUGUCAGGACAGCCUUACCACAAACAUCUCCACCCCAAAACCAGCUAGAAAGCAGUGCUCCCUUACUAACAAUGCAGGAACAGACACCUGCCCCAGCUGAGUCUACAUUACCACCAAUGGCCUCCCCUCCAGUCCUGCCUGAGGAGCCUGUUAACCUGUUGACAGACCAAACCCCCUCCACAUCUAAUGCUCUCCCAGAAGCAGCAAAUGCCAUCUCUCAUAUCGUUUCUCCCACUAAUCUAAAUGAGGAGGAUGAAGAUGAAGAGGAGAGGGAGGGAAGCCAGCUGGUUUCAGUGUCUGAAAUGAGUGGAACCACACAGCCCACAGAGGAGUCUCGUCCUGGGUCAGCUGGACCAGUAGGAGGGUCUGCUUGGAGGGCCGGUGGCGCCUUGCUCUCUGAGCUGGACUCUGAGGAGGUAAGCGGCAGCCAGCAGGGCGCGUCUGAAUUGAGCGCCCCUGGUGUUCUGGAGGGCACGGAGAGCAUGGACGAUCUGGGAGACGGCAGUCUCAAAGGAGCCAUUGACAUGGAGGGAGCCUCAGCAGGUUCACCUGACUUUGAGAAGGUUCCUGACAUACCAGUUAAUGACUUUGAUGAAGACGAAGAUGACGAUUAUCGGGUGUGUGACAUGGAUGUGGGCUCAGAGCGAGAAGAUGAACCACAGAGACCCAGGCAUGACAAUGAUGUGGAUGAUGAGGAGGAUGAAGAUGUAGAGAUGGCUAGUGAGGGGGUGACAGAGAGUGGGCUUGAAAGCUAUGGCAAUGCAGAUGAGGAUGACUUUGCUGAGGAUGAAAGGCUGGACAACUUGAACAGAGUGGCCCAGCCGCCACCGCCCCCUCCUCUGCUGCCCUCUGCCCCCGCUGCUCAGUGGGACCAACCAAACCCCUUUGCUGAUCCCUGGGCAGAACCUCUUCAGCUGCAACAGGUUCUUGAGCAUGUCUCCCAGUCCGUACAAGUGGCUGGAGUGAAUGCAGCAAGCCCUUUGGUAGAUCCCUGGCAAACAGACUCUGAGACCCCAACUCAGACCCAAGCCUGGCUAGAACUAGGCUCUGCUCCUCUUGUUCCUGAAAACCAAGAAGCUCCCCAUCAUUCCUCUGUCAAAGAUGAGACACAAAGUCUACAGGCCCAAAUGUACAUGGAUAAGUCCAGCCUAGCUCCAAUGCAGACCCUCGCCCCAGCUCCCCUCUCUGCCCCAGGAAUGUCUCUGUCAAGCACCCUGAGCAGUGAGACCAGCACACCCGAGGAACUCUGUGACUACAGUCGAGACGGGAAGCUCCAGCCUCAAGAUGCGCAAGCUGCGGAGCUUUCCCCGCAGCCUGACCUGGACAUCCACUUGGUGAGAGGAGACAGGGAGGGAAAGGAGGAGGCUGAGGCGGAGACCCUGCCUGCUGCUGAAGUACUGGGAGGCCCUGCAACUGCCCCCACUUCCAACCCCUCCUCAUCCUCAGUAACAGAAGAUGAGGCCAGCGACACAGAGGGAGAAACUCAGUUGGAUGAUUCCUUGGAGAGUCCAGCGGUCAGCAACAUAACCUUUGACAGCCAGGCUCAAGCUCAGCGCUGCCUGUCCACUGUGGAAGAGGGAGAGGACGAGGGUGGUGCAGGUGACGACUCCACCCCACCCUCGGCUACAUCGUUGGCAUCUUACGGCUUUGACACCAUGACCACAGCUUCAAACUCCAACGCCCAGUCCACAGGGGAGAGCUGCAUCAAGAGCCCUGGCAUCUUCUCCCUGGAGGAGCUGCCUGAGGAGACCAAGGAGCCCUGUCUGAUCCCGCAGCCUCACACUCAGCCGUGCCUCGCAGAGCAGCAGUACAUCGAAUGUGGGAAGCAGGAAGUGGAGUCUGCUGAGCAUGUCGGGGAGGAAGUGCCGAGUCAAGAGGAAGCCCUGGAUGCUUUGCCAACUCCGAGCACCUUGCAGCAACCGGAAGAAAACCCAGAUGACAUCCAGCCUCCCUACUAUUCUGCUAUCUGUGAAAAAACUGAGAACUCUUUUGCAGGCUUCACUGCACUACCGCACCCUCACCGCUGCGAUCGCUCAGCAUACCCCAGAACCUACUGUGAUAUCGUCAAACCUCACAGCGCCUCAGUCACCCCGCCGAAGCUGACCUGUGCUGACCUCCCACCCAGGAGCCCCGGGCAGCAGGCGCUGAGCCCCCAGCUCCGCCGGUUGGAGCAACACCAGAGACAGCUCCUGGAGUUGCAACAACGCAGGGAGCAACAGAGCAGGCCGCUGGAGGAGGCGGAGCAGGAGAGGAAGACGAGGGAGGAAGAGGAGCAGAGAAAAAAGAAAGAGGAAGCUGAAGAAGAAAUAAAGAGGAAUAAAGAGGAGGUGGAGAGGAAGAUGCAAAAGCAGGCAGAGAAAGAUGAGGAAAAACUGAGGAAAGAGGAGCUUAAGCAGAGGAGAGACCUUGAACUGCAACUGCAGCAACAACAACAGGAACUGAAGCAAAGACAGCAAAUCAUGCAGUGGCAACAAGAGUUGCAACAGUCUAAUAAAGGUCAGACAGUGCUGCUCUCCCCUUCCUCUGGCCUCUGCACCAUCUAUGAAGGCCUGGAGCAUAGUGAUGAAGAGGAGGCUGAAGGUGAAGAAGAGGGAAUAAAGGAGCUCAACUCCACUAAAGAGAAAGAGUCCAGACAAGAGAGAGACAACGACGACUGUGAAAAGGUGACAUCAGAUGAAGACAAACAUCAAGACUCUUCACCGUCCACCGAGACCCCUCCUCCUCUCGCAGACUCCCCUCAGACACCCGGCAACCCCUCCCAGGAUGGAGGCAGAUCCUCCCCUUGCUCUCCUGAGUCUCCAGAGCGGCCUCCACCCCUGGACCUUGACUGGGGGAAGAAAGUGGACAUAGUCCAGCAGCUGAUCAAUCAGACCCUGCUGCUGAACAGAGAUGGCUGCUCCUCCCUGCUGCUGCUGCCAGGGGGCGCAGGAGGCACACUGAGCCCCCUGGAGAGCAGCCUGUGGCCCAGCCUGCUGCCUCCACUCACCCCUCCCUCUGCCACCGUCACCUCUGUCAGUAGUUUCUCCCCAGAAGCCACUGGGAGCUCCCCACAGGGAGAGUGGACAGUGGUAGAGCUGGAGACACAUCACUGAGGGGCGUGAUUGUGUAAGAUUUCACUCACACACUUUAAAUACAACAUUGCAGUACUGUUAAACAUUAAUAACACUCAUACAGGGAAGAUGACACAAAUGCUAUACUGGAAGAGGCACACAACAAACAAGGUGAUAUACACGUGUGCAGAGCAGCCCACAUUUACUGUGCUGUUUACACACAUUUAAGCAAAUUAAUAUAUUAAGAUCGCUUAGUUGAUGUCCAACACAUUGUACUUAAUGGUAAAGUGUUUGUCAUUCCUGAGUAUUUCAGAAAAAUAACCUGAGAACUCGGUAAUUACUUUGCAUUGUUAGACAAUGUAUCACAGUUCACAAUGUGUGUAUUUAAAAAAAAAUAAAUAAAUAAAUAAUGAUCUAUGAUA